AUGUAAAAAUUUAUUAAAUAUUCUUUAUGUGGCAUUACGGCAUUAGCUUCUUUGAGUUAUCUAUAUACAUUAUAAGAAUAGAAUAGACCAAUUAGCUUAAAGAUUGCACAAAAAUUAAAAAGUUUGUUUGAGAAAAUUGAUUCUCAUUUUUAUGAGAAAUCUGCAUAAGAAGUAUUAUUAAUCAUUUAUCUAAGAUGACAUAACUUAUUAGAAAUAAUGAAGAAUUUGUGAGAAUCAUUUUUGAAGUAGCAAAGGAUUUCUUUGAUUUAAAAACAUUAAAUGAGGAAAUAUCGUAAAUUAAUUUUAUUCGAUAAUUAUCCACCAUAAAUUAAUAAACAAAUUAAUUAUUAGAAAUAAGGCUAGUUGCUUAAUAUAUUUCAAAGUAAUAGAAUAAUUUAAUAUAAUAGAAAUUCUUUGAGAUUAGUAUAAGAAUAGAUAAUAUAAAAAUUAGCAACUUAGAGAGUGACAAUAAUAUAAGCAGAUAUGUAAUUUGGAGAAAGCACAGAAAAUUUUAAAAAAUUUAUUAAAUGUUCAUUUCUUUCAUUAAUAAAUAAGGUGGAAAAUGUAUUAUAAGAUUUAUCAAGUGCUUAGCGAAUAGUUUCAGUUAACUUUUAUUUAAUGUGUCUAUUAGAUUAUUUUAAUUAAAUACUAACUAUAUAUCCAAAUUUAAGAAAUUUAUUUGCAAUAGUAAUGCUUGAGAAAAUAGGAAUAAAUUAAUUUUCUUUUGAAUUUUAUCAUGAAUGCAAAGAUCUUUAUUAUUCAAAAGCAGCUAAAAAUUGUUAAAGCCUAUAAAGUUGUGAUUGUUGUAUAUUUGAUUUAUUAAGCAGAUAUAUUUCAAUAUUUUAAUCUCCAGCUUAAUAAAAAUUGUUUGAUUUUAUUAAAUGUAAUUAAUUAUUUUAGACUCGUGAACAUUUAUUAGAAAUGGGAAAGAUAUUAUUUAAAAAUAUUUUCUAUUUAGGAGGGUAGUUAAGUGAAGAUACUCUUCAUUAUAUUGAUACUUUUUCACCAUUACAAAUUUUAUUAAUUGAAGCAACAUCAAAUUCAAGUAUUUAGGAAGCAUUGAUAAAAUCAGAAGAAUUUGGAAUUAAUAUUUAAUAUCUUGAAAAAGUAAUUAAUACUCAUGAAAGUCCAUUUUUAAAUAGAUUAUUAGCAAGUUUGAUUGAUGUUUAUGCAAUUGCAUAUCCACUUUUUUAUAAUAUAGAUGCAUUAAAAUAAAUUAUUAGUGAUGAAGAGAAAAUAAAAUCAAUUUUAAGUACAUUUUUUGGAGUGUUAUUAAAUUUAGAGAGUAGAGAUACUUAUGAUUCUAAUAAAUGUAUUAACAUAUUAAUAUUAAAUUAGAAAAUGAAAUUAGUAUUUUAGAUUGGUUUGCUAUGAAUAUGGGAACAAUAUUUACUCAAUAAUUAUUGGGAAAUAUUUCAGUUGAAUUUAUUUAAUAAUUAUUAAAACUCUAACCAAUUUAAAAAGAGAUCUUAUUUACAUAUAUGUAUUGUUUAAGAGUCUCACAAAAUAAUAGAAUUAAGGAUAGAUAAUAAAGAAAGAAAAAUGUUGAUAUUAAUUCGUUUAUAACUAAAUUAAUAAGUUUAGUUGUAAUUACAUUAUUAAAGGAUGAUUUUAGUAAUUAAAAUAUGGAUUUAAUUAUAAAUAAUCUUGGUUUUGUUGAUGAAGAUGAAAGAUCAAAUAUAUUCCUAAAUAUUUUAAGAAUUCAAUUUGAAAUUCCUUCUAUGAAUCUAAAUUAUCUCAAAUAUGUAUCUACUAAGUGUUAAUAGUUAUCUUAAGAAACUUAUCAUUCUUUUAGUGGAUUUUAUCAUAAUAUUAUGAAUCCUACUACACUUUCACUUGAUUAAUAUAUGAUUUCUAUGCAAUUAGGAAUCAUUUAUGGUAAAGUUGACUCAUUUUUAGCUUAAAUUGGAUAAAGUUUCUUAAGAGAUCUUUAAUAAUAUGAAUAAUAUAAAGAUUUUCUAUAGAGAGAUGUAAAAAUACAUAUAUUUAUUUUUUAGCUUAUUCUUAUAGUUGAUUUAAUGGAAAAUCCUUAUUAUUUUGCUAAUGUUCUCGUCAGUAAUGGUAAUUGUCCAGGAAAUAUUUAUAAAUAAUUGCUAAUAAAUGUUGCUAUAGCCAUUUGGUAAUUAAAUCCUUAAAGCAAUUUUUAAUAAUUGCAAUUUUAAAUUUCUUUAUUCUUGAAGGUUAAUAUAUUACCUCAAUAUAUAAAAGAUUUAUUUAUUGAAAAUUAAUAAGGUAUAAUCAAACUUAAAGAGCAAUAUGAAUAAUUAUGGCCAUUUUAGUGUUUAUAAAGAGAUUUUUCUUCAGUUGAAGUUUAUUUAAAAUUAGUUGGAGAUGAGGUUUUAUUCAAUGAAGUAAAUUUUAUCUUAUUAAUUUUAUAGUUAUUAUAAAAUUAAAGCAGUUUCGAAUACUUAGAAAGAAUUCAAGAGGCCUUAUUUAAGAGUCCAAAUUUCAUUUAAAUAAUUUAUUAAUUGUUAUUAUGUGUCAAUAGAUUGAAUCUAAAGAUUUGGAUUGGAAAGAUAUUGUUUUAUGCUAAGAAAUUUUAAGGUAAUAAUAAAGAAUGUCAUACAUUAUUAAAUUCUAAGGAAUGUCAAUCAUUUUUAUUAGAAAUGCCUGAUAAUUAUAGAAAGUAUAUGUUAUUGGAAAAUGUUGUUAAUUCAUGA